CACGUGGCAGCCCGCGCACGCGGAAGUGGCUCCUGGCUUUGCGUGCGGAGCAACAAAAGCUGCUCCCACUCGCGCUCCGCUAACCCCAGGGUCUGCCAGGCUCGUGCCCGAUUAGCUUCCCCAGUCUACUGCAGGCGAACUCCUCUGCGGUCCGGCUCGUCGGCAGCCUUAACAGCCCCGCAAGCCGCCUCCUCGACAGCCGCUACGGCCACGUUUCGGCCAUGAAGGAUCAGCGACAGGUGAAGACGACAAGCGAGGAGGAGGAUGAGGAGGAGGAGGAUGAGGAGACGGAUGAGGAGGAGACUGAGGAGCACCUCUUAGGCUCGCCUGGCUUGAAGAGGGCGCGCCAUGAGGUCAUCGCCUGCAAUCGCUUCUGGCACACGUUAACAAAGCCAGCGGGGAUUUUUGGGAGGAGCACAUGGCUGAUUGAAUUGCACGAGGCCUUGCUGCGCCACCACUGGGUCCGCGCUGCUCAUCUCCUGCUGCCUGCGCUUGGAAGCCUGGAGUGGUUGGGGAAUAAUGUCCUACCCGAGAUUUAUUGGAAGGCUGGAGCUGAAGUGAUGAUGAACCAUCCACAGAGAAGUAUGGAGCAGUUCAGCCUCUUUGCAAACAGGAUGAAGUCAUUUUCGAGAGAUCUAAAAUUGAAGGUGUGUCUAGAGCAUGCCUGGAACCUGCUGUGCGAGGGGCGGGUGCAGGAGGGUCACCGUGAGCUUAUCGCCUUCACUGCGAAGCACAGGGACCUUGCCUCGCCAAGCCGCGUCCUGCUCGUAGACCUCAUCCAAGGCUAUUGCGGUCUACUUCACUACUAUGACUGGCAGCAGCAAAAGGACCAUCUUUCCAGUGGAAAUGACAUGGGCGAUACGCAGACCAACUCGGCUGCCGUGAAGGAGAUGCACCAUAGCUUCCGGAAAUCCUCCUUGAACCUCAUCAGUAUCCUGCAGAAACCCGGGGUGUGGGACAUAUUCACCCCGAAAUAUGUGGAGCUGUUGGAGUUUUACGGGAACGUGGACGAAGCCCACGAACUUCUGGAGAACAUUGCGUAUGACAACAAGUACCCGCCCAACCCCAAUGCUCACGUCCAGCUCUACAACUUCCUCAAGCAACACGACGCUCCUCAACAGAAGCUGCUGGGCGUGCUCAGGGUCCUGCAUAAAUUGGUGCCAUCUCAUGAGCUGAUGCUGGAAUACAGCCGAUUGUUGCACGAAAGUGGGACGGACACGAUGCGGGAGAGCAUUUCUGUGCUGAUGAGCCUCCUGGAUUACUCUCCCUGGCAGAGGGAUGUGCGACCUUGGCAGAGUCUUGCAGAGCUCAUCAGCGCUUGCAUUAAAAAUGGGAAUGAGGUCUGCUUUUUCGAGUCCUGGGAAGACCGGAUGGACUGGUGGCCAGGGUUCUGCUUCUGUGAGGACCAGGCCAAGGAUGACUUCCACUACAAUCCUCUCCUUGCAUCCAACAAGGCCACUAUAGCCAAUGGGCUGAUGGGGAAGAAAAAUAAAUACGGCGUCCGUGUGCGGGCUCUAGAGAAGAAAAUUCCACCCCGCAAGAAGCAUAAAACCUAAUGUGUGUUUUUGUGUUCGUUUACAAGUAUACCAUUUGCCAAUGUAGCUUGUUCGACAUUUCCACUGUUGUAAAUCAAUAUUUUGCCAAGUGAAUGGUGAUGACACAGUAUUCUAAGAACUCAUGUUUAUACAGAGAUUUCUAUGGACAUCUCAAUAUCCCAGUAUCUGGGUUAUCUGUUAUUUCCGUACAAGUAACUUUUAACAGAAUUUGAAAAUAAACAGACCUUGGUGUUCAUGAGUAGCAUUGUAGAACCCUUUAUGGGAUAUAUAAUUUCCAAGUUUUGUUUGACAUCUAUUGACAAGUACAUCUUACAUUUCAUUGUCGCCAGUUUUUUGUAUUGUGUAAAUAUUAAAUGUAAAAAAAAUCAAUGUUAAGUUGUCAUUAGUGGUUUGCGAUUAAUUGUACCUUCAACUUAAUUUGUAAUAUUGUCAGCCGUGGAAAUGUGCCGGAAUGCUCCGGAACGCCAUGGUGGGAGUUAAGUUUUAACACGACUGUUCUGGAAGGAAUCAAGGAUUCAUAUAUAUGUUUUAAUAAUUUGACUCGCAUAUAGACUCCGAGACUAACAGAGAGAUCCACAAACACCCACAGACAUGCAUAGAGAGACCCACGUUCGUCAUGAAGCUCUGCCUCCUCAGAUCUAGUGGAGUUGGUGGGAAUCAUUUGAGUUCCAGUAAUUUCCCAUUUCCAGCGCUGAAUAUUUUUCAAUAGAUUUGCAAGCAUUUUGUUCAAAUGAGUAAUUUAUGUACAUCAAGGCAUUGUACAAUAAAUCU